AUGGCGUCGGGGAAAUCCACCGAUAAGAGCCGCACUUAUAGUACGGCCACCGACUUUAACAUCACUGUUCUGAUCUCAGGCUCAGGGACAAACUUACAAGCCCUCAUCGACGCCUGUGGUCAAGCACCUGCCGUAAAAGGCAAACCUGCUCCACGACGAACACUUCCCAAUGGCCAUAUUACCCAUGUCAUCUCCAAUCGUCGCGAAGCCAAGGGUCUUGAGCGCGCUCAAAAUGCCCAUAUCCCUGUUACAUAUCACAAUUUAUUAGCCUACAAGAAGAAAUUUCCAGAUACGGAAGCUGGGAACAAUGCUGCUAGAGCCCACUACGACACAGAUCUGGCACAGAAAAUUCUCACACACAUCCCGUGCCCUGAUUUGGUGGUAUGUGCAGGUUUCAUGCAUAUUCUAUCGCGUGAGUUCGUCAAUCAACUGGCAAAAGCCGACGUGCCAAUUAUCAAUUUACACCCGGCUUUACCAGGGAAGUUCAAUGGCUCAGAUGCUAUUGGUCGCGCAUACAAAGCUUUCCAGCGAGGAGAAAUCUCAACCACGGGUGUCAUGGUUCACUACGUCAUUGAAGAGGUCGACAUGGGGAAACCGGUCUUGGUUCAAGAGAUCGAUAUUCGGGAAGGAGACUCUCAGGAAGAUCUCGAGACAAGAAUCCACGAGAGCGAGUGGAAAGUAAUUGUGGAAGCAACGGGCAAGGUUCUGCAAGAUCUUGAAAGUCAGAGAAGAAGGGAUACCUGA